AAGGGAGUGGCUACCCACUGGAGCUUCGACCAACCACCACCGGUCAAUUCCGCUUUGGGGCCACCCCUGACUCUACCAUCAUUAUAGGGGUAUGGGGUUCGAGACAAAGAAAGAUCAAGGCAGCAUAUCAGUUUUUCCUAUAUACUUUACUUGGAUCCGUUUUUAUGCUAUUAGCUAUUCUGUUGAUUCUUCUCCAAACAGGAACCACCGAUUUACAAAUUUUAUUAACCACAGAAUUUAGUGAGCGGCGCCAAAUCCUUCUAUGGAUUGCCUUUUUCGCCUCUUUUGCCGUCAAAGUGCCUAUGGUACCAGUUCAUAUUUGGUUACCCGAAGCCCAUGUAGAGGCACCUACGGCUGGAUCCGUCAUCUUGGCAGGAAUUCUUUUAAAAUUGGGAACCUACGGGUUUUUAAGAUUUUCAAUACCCAUGUUUCCCGAAGCGACACUUUGUUUCACUCCUUUCAUUUAUACUCUAAGUGCGAUUGCUAUAAUAUAUACUUCCUUGACCACUUUAAGACAGAUCGAUCUUAAGAAGAUCAUUGCCUACUCCUCAGUAGCCCAUAUGAAUUUGGUGACUAUUGGUAUGUUUAGUCCGAACAUACCGGGAAUUGGAGGUAGCAUUUUACUUAUGUUAAGUCAUGGACUGGUUUCUUCAGCCCUUUUUCUAUGUGUUGGUGUUCUAUAUGACCGACAUAAGACUCGACUUGUUAGAUAUUAUGGAGGUUUAGUGAGCACCAUGCCGAAUUUCUCUACCAUUUUCUUCUUUUUCACUUUAGCCAAUAUGAGUUUACCCGGCACUAGCAGCUUUAUCGGGGAAUUUCUAAUCUUAGUAGGAGCUUUCCAAAGAAAUAGCUUAGUAGCCACAUUAGCAGCGCUUGGGAUGAUUUUAGGCGCGGCGUAUUCCCUUUGGCUAUAUAAUCGUGUGGUUUCUGGAAAUUUAAAACCCGAUUUCCUCUAUAAAUUCUCCGAUCUAAAUGGCAGAGAAGUUUCCAUAUUUCUACCUUUUCUUGUUGGAGUUGUUCGGAUGGGUGUUCACCCCAAAGUGUUCCCGGACUGCAUGCAUACAUCCGUAAGUAACUUAGUGCAACAUGGCAAAUUUCAUUGAGAGGAAUCAGCAAAGAAAAGAAAUCUUCUCCGGGUGACUGGAUCGCCCCGGAACCACAAGAAUCCUUAGAAUGGGAUUCCAACUCAGCACCUUUUGUUUUGGGAUUUUGAGAAGAGUUGCUCUUUGGAGAGCACAGUACGAUGAAAGUUGUAAGCUGUGUUCGGGGGGGAGUUAUUGCCUAUCGUUGUCCUCUAUGGUAGAACCCGUCGGGGAGGCCUGAGAGGCGGUGGUUUACCCUGUGGCGGAUGUCAGCGGUUCGAGUCCGCUUAUCUCCAGCCCGUGAACUUAGCGGAUACUAUGAUAGCACCGAAGGUUGCCAAUUCGUCAGUUCGAUCUAUGAUUUCGCAUUCAUGGACGUUGAUAAGAUCCUUCCAUUUAGUAGCACCUUAGGAUGGCAUAGCCUUAACGUUAAUGGCGAGGUUCAAAAGAGGAAAGGCUUGCGGUGGAUACCUAGGCACCCAGAGACGAGGAAGGGCGUAGCAAGCGACGAAAUGCUUCGGGGAGUUGAAAAUAAGCAUAGAUCCGGAGAUUCCCAAAUAGGUCAACCUUUUGAACUGCCUGCUGAAUCCAUGAGCAGGCAAGAGACAACCUGGCGAACUGAAACAUCUUAGUAGCCAGAGGAAAAGAAAGCAAAAGCGAUUCCCGUACCCGUACCGUAGUAGCGGCGAGCGAAAUGGGAGCAGCCUAAACCGUGAAAACGGGGUUGUGGGAGAGCAAUACAAGCGUUGUGCUGCUAGGCGAAGCGGUUGAGUGCCGCACCCUAGAUGGCUAAAGUCCAGUAGCCGAAAGCAUCACUAGCUUACGCUCUGACCCGAGUAGCAUGGGGCACGUGGAAUCCCGUGUGAAUCAGCAAGGAAAGGACCACCUUGCAAGGCUAAAUACUCCUGGGUGACCGAUAGCGAAGUAGUACCGUGAGGGAAAGGUGAAAAGAACCCCCAGUGGGUAGUGAAAUAGAACGUGAAACCGUGCUGAGCUCCCGGAGGGGAAAGUGAUCUCUGACCGCGUGCCUGUUGAAGAAUGAGCCGGCGACUCAUAGGCAGUGGCUUGGUUAAGGGAAUGGAACCCACCGGAGCCGUAGCGAAAGCGAGUCUUCAUAGGGCGAUUGUCACUGCUUAUGGACCCGAACCUGGGUGAUCUAUCCAUGACCAGGAUGAAGCUUGGAUGAAACUAAGCAGAGGUCCGAACCGACUGAUGUUGAAGAAUCAGCGGAUGAGUUGUGGUUAGGGGUGAAAUGCCACUCGAACCCAGAGCUAGCUGGUUCUCCCCGAAAUGAGUUUGUUUCUAUGGCAGAAAUGAGCUUAGCUUCCUUUCUGGAGUGAAGUGGAAGCAUGAGUGCUUACACGAACGGAGGAAAGCGAAUUACUUACUUGCUUGGGGCUCGGUGGAAAGCUAUUCCACUGGCCGGAUAAAUAGUGGCUAUCCCGGCACCUUGACUUGAAUUGAGUUGACUGCUUCUUAGCAUUGACCUCUUAGCCGAGUUCUGUCACAAUCGCCGGCUAGGCUGCUUACUCGAAAGGGACUGACAACUCUUUGAGGCCGGUGUGAAUCUACCCAUUUCUUAUCCAUUGGCCAGGUCCCUGUUCUGUCUUUCGUAUUCUACUCGCAUUGAGUGAACUGACACAUUGAUUGGUAUUGGUACCAGAUGUGAAUGAAUGAGAUCAUUUCUGUUUGUCGGGAUGGGAUGGGAGCUGAUAUCGGUCCUUUGGACCUUGAUAGGUGGAAGGGGAGUUCAUGAAGUCGGAAGUUUGAUACAGCCUAAGAUUGGAUCUCUUGAUAUCUGACCUUGUUUCCAAUUCGGCUGCCAGCAGAUCAGAAAAAGUGUGUCCAGCAUUCAAGUAGGCAACCCUAUUAUUCCAAGCGUGGGCCGGGGCAAUCAUUCCUUGCUGCUAGAGACUAGAGAACAGACAAGAGAUUUGAACCGAGGCUGCAAUCAAUCAACGGCUUUCCUCCCUUCUUCGUGUAGUGUAGAUUGGCAGUACGGGAGACUGUUCUUCUUUUGUUAUUGGAGUCGAGGUACCCACCACCGGGAAAAGGAAAUCGGCCUUCAUUCGUUUUUCUUCGUCGUAGUCGUUUUCGUCCUCGGCUAAGGUAUCAUCAGAUAUAGAAGAAGCAGAGAGUGGGGUAAUAGCAAAAAAGGAAUAUAACUCGUCCGAGGAAGUGGGCUGUGGCAAGGUCUCUUUCGUAGAGAGGGUAAGUUCUUGCACCAGCAUAAGCUUUUCUUGCACCUUCUUUAGCAUAGGGUUGGGUUGGAGGUGAAGUUAUGGCUCAGCUUUCUUGAUCUGCUUUCUUGAGUGACAGUAGUUGUUUCUUUUCGAAUAGGAAGUCACUCGGAUUCGGAUAAAGGAGAAGGACCACGAUCAGAAAGAAAAGGGGAAUGCCGAACUGGAUACUCUGCUUAAAGGAAUAAGCCUCCCUUGGAUAGAUCGAAGAAAGAAGCACUGUGCGUUACCAGGUGUAGUGGAGAAAGCAAGGGCAAAGGUUUCAUCAGAAAGAGAUGCUCGAGCGAUACCAGGAUCACGAUACGAUUAAUCUGAUGGCGCAGCACGAACAGGAAAUAGAUAACCGCAAGGAAAGGGAACAGUUUAGUCCCUCCGAUCCGUCAAUCAACGAUAGGGUUACCCAGAAUUCUAAUUAAUAGGAAGGUUGGACUACCUCGAAUGGCAACAUGCUCGCUGAUUCCUACCACUCCUAUCUACAUAACUGCUCCAGAGAAGGGAAGGCAGAUGUCGAACCAGCGAUUGAGUGUACUAGUUCAUUUAAUGAUUGCAAAGCGGAGGCUAAGGACAUAACGAACAGUGCGCAAAGAAGAAAGCAUGGGCAUGGAUACGAGACCAGAAGGAAAGAACGAUCACCGUAAUGCGAUUAACCAGAGUAGCCGCCAGGGUGCAGUGCACCCUACGCUUUGAAUUCUUCUUGGCAGCUCAAGACCUUUCUUGUUCGUUCCUUGCUCCCAGCAAAAGAAGCAGCUUCUUAAGUGGAUUUAUCCGGGACUGAUACUCUUUUCCGAACUAAUAACCAAUGAUUUCCAUUUUGACCAAUGGAUACAGCUCAUGGUAAGACAACAUAUGGCUUCUUCCUUGAGGGAAUGUUCUAGCCGCCUCCUUCCGCCGUGCUUCCUCCGAUCAAACAGCUACCUAGGCUUCCUCGCAUACUCGGCUUUAUCUAGUUUAGGAUUGACUAUUCUCUGGUGGAUUAUCUGGUGUCAUAGUAGGAAUCACCCCUUUCUUCUCAGAUGGUCCAGUAUAUUGGUCAAGGCAGCUUGCUCCAAUCAUGCUUUGUUUAUUGAAUGAAGAGUUCACUCGUAGAAAUGUCCGUUCUUUCCUUUGAGCAUAUCCGUUUGAUUGCUCGUAGCGCUAACUAGCAUAGCAUCCGUUUUCUUGCUUGGUUUCUUUAGUAUCACAAGCCACGGAUUGAGCAACUAGCGCGGUCGGGUAGCUGCUUUCCUCUUUUCCAACCUCUUACCAACUCGGGAUGGCCUCCUCUCGGUCAAGGAUCCGACCUUCCCCUCGCUCCGGGGUUCUAUACUUUCGAUGCUUCUCUCGAUAGCUAUCCCCUGUUUAGUUUCUCGGCUUCCUAUCUCUUAGGAAAGACUAGCUGGAUCAGGUUAAGGGAAGGAAGUACGGGUCAAGUAAAGAAAUACAACUGUUAUCCACGAACAACCUUUUCUCAUAUGAAUACCGUGCGCCAGUAAGUAGUCCAUCAAAGCUAACCCGGGUUAACUACUCUCUAGGAAGCUUCCCCGUCCUAAUCUAAGGAAUGAAUGAGGGAAAGUCUUGUCUCUUCUUUUCCGACACCCACUUCUGGAUUGCCAAUUCUCAGAUUUCUCGGUUCCUUCUUUGGCUCGCCUUGACGGAUUACUUCGAUUACUACCGGACUUCCAGAUUAGCUGCUUUUUACGCUUCACGCCUUUCCCUGCUGGGGUGGUGUCUUUCGUAGUCAGAAGCCUUGUUUGGCCAUCAGGCAUUAUGUAGUUGGCACGGGAUGCGUACUCCUCUCCUCCUAAGAAGCAAGGCAAGGGAUUUUUCGCAAACUAGCGCGUUGUCGACGAUGAAAAGAAUGCGAACCGAAGACCCCUUCCUCUCGAAGUGCGGUGCGUGCCAUCGUAAGUGUGACCCUCCAUCUCAUAUUUAUUCAUUCAGCAGAAACAUAAAUCUACUCGAGGAAUCACUCCUUUCUUCUUCAUUAUAUAUAAUCUAAGGUGAUAAAGAGUAGGAUUUGGAAAUUCCUGAUCCCGCCAAAGCAAAGUCCGUCCCUCCUUCCUGACGAAUGCUUAUUUGCCAUCUAAUUUCCCAGAAGAGCAGAAGUAUAUCUGGGGAUCGUCCACAUUGAGGACUUGCCAUUUGCAUCUUUCAUCUCAAUGAAAUAGUAUUUUAUCACGUUGAGGAUUUCCCCGGUAGUUGUUUUGGUCUAAUCUUGAUUACUAAUCAUCUGGCUUAGCUCGACCUACCAAUUUAACUUAUCCUAGGGACUCGUUCGUUCACCGUGGACUAUACUCUACUAAACUCAGAGUCGAGGUCUCUUCUUCUGGAAUUGAUCCUUUUCUGAGUUCGCUUAUCAACUUAUCUUUCCUAUCGUCGUACUGGUUAAGGGUAGAAAUCCAAGGAUAAAGGAGAGGAAAAAGCGUUCAUUCUGCCCAAUGCCUUGAACCCGUUCGGUCUCCCUUAAUUGUGAUUGAAAUGACGAUGGCAACAGGUUUCGCUUCUGCAGCGGGCAUAUUAUAAGCAUCAGCCAUAAAAUCUAGAGAUCGCAAUGCGUUACCCACUUUUGGAUCCGUAAAACGGAGAACAUCAGUCCAUAGAGGGACUUUCCUGAAUUAGUGAUACGAAAAAGUAAACGAAUAAAUGUGGGAAAAGUUGGGGACAGAAAAAGUUCCGUAAUCGUCCUAUUUUUUCGUCCUUGUGGAAGCGAGAAAUGCGUAACGACUUGAUUUUUAGAUAGAGGAUAUUGGAAAGAAGUGCGUAGGUAGGCCUCAACGUGUUCAUUGAGUAGCUUGAGGAAGUUUGCCAUUGUGAGACGGUUAAGGCCACCCCUAAACUCCUGGACCAGUCUACCAGUGCUAAUACUUUUCCCCCACAUCUUUAAAGGAAUCCUAACUUUGAUGCCCCCACUAUCUGUAAAAGAGACAAGCAACCCUGUCCCACCAAGAAAAAUGAGAAGUUUCUCAGAGGUAAUCUCCUCCCAGCAGGUCUAACUUAUCGCAAUAAUUUUUGAGUCGCAUUAAAGAAAUUUGGAAUUCGUGGAAUGCCUAACAAGAUGGUGAUCCACAGUAAGAAGAUAGUAUGUAACUAGAGGGCGAGAGUUGUAAGCCAAUAGGGGGAAGUAGAAUGCUCAGGUGGGAGGAAUCCAAGCCUAAGCACCGGAUAACUCGUACAGAAGGAUAGAGGAAGAGAACCGGGUGGCUUGACACCUGGUGAUGUUAGAAAGAAGACAAGUGCUUAUGCUUAUAAGGAACCCCAAGGUUAGCUUAUAGCUCUUGAGUCUUAUCUUAUCCCUCCUUCAUCCCUAUUGCUUCAUGCUAUGCUUGUACGACUUCUUACUGAUUCCUAUCUUCUCGGCGUUGGCUUGUACUUCUGCUUAUAGGGUACCUGCGUUCUUCAUCAAUACUGAAAGCGGAUGGACUGUUGGCCAAGCUAAGGCAAAGCCGAAUCUCAACUAAAUCUGACUUAUUUUCACAGAGGAAGAAGCUUCUUUUUAGCCUAGUGCUUAGAACGAAAGCCAUUGCAAAGAAGCGAAGGGCGCUAAGCGGGGAUGGUCAAAAAGUAGAAACUUAUACUUUCUGGUAAACAACUGGUUAGAAAACCGUAUCCCUGCCCCAUUAAGCGUGCUUGGGAAAGACUCCAGCUUUAUGAAAGAGGUAGGCCCCCGUAACCAAUUUGAAAGGGACACUGGCCUACUAGGAAUUUGCAAAUAGAAAGCCAGGACAUGAAAGUAAGACAGAUAGGAAAGGGGAUACCUAACCCCCCACCCAGGAAAAAAACUAUGUGUGGUCAUACUCUCUGCCACAACUUUACUUUACUUUUGCCCCUUUCCGCCCUAUGGUUCUUGCUAUUUGUGGGUCCUUUCCAAAGGGUUUCAAGUGAGAUAACUAGUAGUGUAGUGCAAAUAGUGGGCUCGUAGCAGGCUGUCUUAGGGAGUUUGACAAGAUCCCAAGUUUGAUUCUUUUCAAGUGCUCUUAGCUCCUCCAACAUGGCCUCUUGCGGCUCCUACGAGCUUAGCUUACUAUCAAACAAACUUAUAUCCUGCUUUUCAUCUGUAGGUUUUCCCCCAUUCAUAGGUCAUCUACUUCGGCUUUUCCUUCUUCAUCUUGUUGUUGAAGAAUAUCGUCUCCAUCCAUUUAGGGAAUUCAUACAUCUGGACUCGUUGCCCAUUCAUUUCACUUCUGCUCGCAGCACUUCCGUACGGGCCAGCAGUGCCUAAGUCAAAGCCUUUGAUUCUUCUCCCUUAGUGAAAGUGGGGCAAGAUUAGACCUAUGAUGAGACUACCUAUUAGUGUGUUGCUUUGGUGCAAGAGGUGAUCCUAUUUUAUCAUUCGUUGAGGAGAAGAAAACUGCGAAGGAAGUGAUAGAUCAUGGCACCGGGGAUGAUGCGAUUCAAAUAUUAGGGAGGCCACAUCCAGUACCACACAUUUUCUUCCGUGGAUAAGAAAGCCUAUUAUAUUAUAUUAAGUAAGGGCCUAUGGCUUGGGCUACUGUGACAUCUGUUUAGUCAUAACUGCUUUUAUAAUUAAUAAAGGCACUGCGGCAUCUGUAAUGGACUACCUUCCGCUACUGUUUAGUCUGUUCUCUUUAACUGUCCCUUUAUUGUUUAUAGGACUCGUAUUGAAGUCUUGGAGUUUUAUUUUACUUGAUCUUUCUCACCCACUAGACUCUUUCAAUAUCAUAUAGAAAGGAUGAAUUAAAUAUCAUUAAUCAAGGCGCGUAGCGAUUAAGGUGAAUCAAAUCCUCACUCUGUCCUUGUGUUCAUGAUAGCCCUAGGCAGCAUAGUUGGUGUCCUGUAGGAAUGGUUGUAGAAGGUAGGCAGUCCCAAUCCUAGCCCAUUGCUUUUACUUAGUCCAUACACUCCAUGGCUUACAUGACAUAUCGGACAUACUACAGCAUGAGGCAUACUGGACAGACUGCAUAGGCUUAAGUAGUAGACUCAUGGCUUACAUACUGGACAGACUGACUCCUGUAAUGCUUAUUGCCAAUCUAGCUAAUGGGCUGACUUCAUUGGCUUGCUCUCCUCACCUAUGGAUUCGUAUUGAAGUCUUGGAUGAUGUAGUUUAUCAAUCUUAGAGCAUGGUUCGUACCAUACCUGUAGUGCCGUUCCUUGUGGUUCUUCUCCUGUGGUUGCUUUAACGAGCUGGAAGCGCCCUUCGACCGGCCCAGCGUUGCCGAAGAGGAUUCGAAGACAAAUGGCAAUGAAAGGUUGUGGGAAGAGCUUAUUUGAAUGAAAAGAGCAGAAAGAAGCAAGUCGGGGUGAAGAAGACGUACGGUGAGACAAAUACUGACUUGUAAUCGCUGAGUCUACUGACUUGUAUUCGCGGAGUCUAUAGUAUGCUCUUUUCUCUCUUUCUUGCAACUUCGUUCUUUUCUUUUUUGCAUCCUUUUCUCAAUGUCUUAUUUGAUCUCUUCCACCUUGCCUAUGCCUAUCGGGUAUCCUGCCCCGGUGUAUGUACCAUAAUGGAUUUUAGCAUAAGAACAGUGCUCUUCCUCGUUGGCUCGGUCCCCCCUCUCUCGUUGUCAGUUUGUCCACUAAUUCUUCUUACCAAGGCACAAAUCUGCUGCAUCUAUUUCAAGAGUUGCACCUCACUCGUCACCACGCCAUAUUGGCUUUUCUCUUUCCACUGCCUCAGCCACCACUCCUUAGCUGCAUAAUCCUUGACGAGAUCGUAAUGUUUAAUUAGUUCCAGCCACGCUGUGUCAGAUUUCAUUCCUGAUGCAUUUUUCUUUUAUUGUCUGGUGAUUUUGAAAAGUCGGCACCCACAGAUCUUCAGUGCGAAUAUUAGAGCAGACAACUCAAAAUCGUGCGUAGGAUAGUUAUGCUAGUGGGCAACUGGCCUUUCCCAUAGGCUAUGACACAGCAUAAGAAGAAAGCUUCGCUCAGCCUAAGUCAAUAGGGUAUGAUCCGUCUCUGGCACGGGCAUGGCUAGAAUGGGCACGAACUGGUCAUUGUCAUAGGGAUGCUAGCCAUGGUGUAGUAGCAUGAUUAUAAUAGGGUUGAGGUCAAACUUUCUAUUUGAAUAGGGACCAGUUAAUAUAUACAUUUUGAAACUAGAAGGUGUUUCCUUAGCUUCAAAGUCUGGGUCGAAUAAAGAGAAACUCCACUGGUAAUGUGAAAAGAGCCCUACCCGCCUUCAUAGAAGAUAAGACGGAACAAACUUCUUCUUUGAAACUAGGCUAAGGCUUGUAUUCUUUAAAGUAUUUGUUUUCAUUCUUUACCUUUCUUGCAGCUUUGGAAAGAGUUAUCCAGCAAAAUGAGAUUCAAGUCCCUUGCCCUGGUACUUUCCUUAUGAUAGAUGGUAGUUCGGUCGUUUAUUCGCCCUCUCCCUAGUUUCAGUGAAGAAUUGCUUGCUCUACCUACUACAAGAAGAACCUAUCGUAGCAUACUAUGGAAAAUUGAAGGGUGUGCGGACUUAAUGACAAAGAUUAAGGCCAGUACCUGUGUGUACUUGUGGUGUGGUAUAGUAAGUGGUAAAAGGCAGGCUACUAAAGCGUCCGAUGUGUGCACCUUUUUCACUGCUUCUACUAAGCCUUUUUGCAUGGAUUACGAACAAGACCCUCCUUCAUCCCUAUUGCUUCAUGCUAUGCUCUAAAAAAGCAUUACCAUUCAUCCUCUCAUUUUCCAUAAGAGCAAAAGCAAGCUCAAAAUCCAGAAACUGCGUUCGCAGCGGAACGGAAAGAAGACCCUUCCAUUUUACUUUGAGGUGAAAUGCAGAGAGUACACCAAUUAAUGUCUGCGAGUUAGGCACCAAGAGCAAUAAGAAAGCGUUGGAAAUGUUGGCUAAUGGAUGCAAAUCUCAUCCUUUGUCUUUGAGUUUAUCUCUACCGCUGACGUCCACAACACUGCCUGGAUUGAGACUCAUUAUCUCCUCCUGCCCCUACUUCUAUGAGAGAAUCAUCCCACUUUAAGCCAUAUAUCCCCCACAUUGCUAAUUAGUUUCCUUGCCAAAGUUUUUAUUUCGGUAUGUUAUUUGAAUACCGAACUUCUGUUCAAGCUAUUUUUUAAUAACCUUCACUGCAACAGGAUAGAUCCCUUUCACUUGAGAUUCUUAUUAAUUAUAGAGCUAUCCAACCUUUUCUUCCUUCUUUCCACAUCAAAUCCACAGCACGCAUGCUCAGGUUGAAAAGUCUUAAGUUAGACCAUCUUCGCCAACUUAUGCAUGGAUCCAAAAACGAUAUUCCUGCUUGACACACUUUGCCUUUACCCAGGAUCACUCUUCUUCGGAAAAGCAUACUCCAUCUACUUUUUAAUAGCUCCACUAAAUGCUAUUGCGUGAGGGUACUGUGCACCUACUUACAUCUUAGCCUUGUACUGCGCCGGGUGCUUUGCUCACUAUGAAAGCUGGUAAUAAGAUUCGAUAUAAGGAAUGACUCAGCUACGCUUCCUUCUUCCGCACCAGUAGCUUCUAAGUCCAAAUAAGGUUAUUUCCUGGUCAAUCGAUCACAUGAUGACUUCUUCAAUAACUCUUUGACCCUAACUAUGUAUGCAUCUGCUUUGCCAAUAAUGAGAUUUCCAAGCAUUCCAGGCUUUGACACCACCUUUUUCUAGGCCAUGUCAGAGCUAAAAAGAAGUUGUUAAUUGAUAAAUAAAAGCAAAGAGAUUUGAGCCAUAUGCAUAAAGCUUAAACUUACUUAUUGGCAUACGAGCAGAAGCACAGGAAAUGAUGAGAGGCGCGCAGCGAUUGAUUACUAGCAUAUUCAAUUAGACAGGUUUCUUUUCAAUCAACACAAGCAGCAGGCGUAGCUUUUCAUUCACUCGCUCUAAGCACGGGAAUAGAAUAAAGGUAUGGGUCCCCCACCUUACCAUCCGUUCUGUCAGACCAAUUGCUAAAGAGUUUUAUUCGAUUUGAGACAAUCAGGAGAUGGGCCUUUCUCAAAUUGAACAGCCGGCCGCUACUAAGCUAUACUAUAUAUAGGCUCUAAAGGUCUUACUUUAAGAGUACUCCUAUUAUGUAUGGGUGGAUCCGCUCUACGUAAUGAAGCCAGCCUAAUUGGAUAGCAGCAGGACUUGCGAAGUACCCAGGCAGGAUAGUAAGCUACUCAUAAGGUUUUAGGGAAUGGCGUUUGGACUCCAAGUCUAUGCCUCCAACCAUGUUACAAGUGCCCAAGUCUAAGUUCUUCCAAGAGUUCAGACAGGGGAUAGGGUAUUUACCGGUAAGCUCUUUCUCAAUGCAUAUUUUAAAAUCGAUGGGGGUGGGUCGGAUUUGAAAAGAAAGGACCCCUAUUACGGAAGUAGCUCAGUCAGUCAGCUAUCUUGAACGUUCUUUGCAAGCACUAUUGAGCACUAAGCAACUCUUGCUGUCCCUAAAGGGCCCUUCUACCUUUUCAGAGAUAGCUGGUACAUGACAUCCAUUAUAUGCUAUUUUGGAAGUGAGAGAAUGCACAACAUACUGACAGAUAGGCCAAAGGCUCCCUUGGCUCCAAAAAGGAAGGACGGUGCCCUCUUUCUCGCUACAUCGGUUUUCGUUUGGUUUAUGCUUGCUUUCGUACUGUGUGUGAUCUUUCCGACCUCUUCUCUUCCUUUCUUUUUGGCGAAGCGAAGAGAAAAAACGGGACCAUGAGCACAGGAGCCGCAGGCGAGGGUACAUGGACCGCAUACAGGGUAGUUCCCCGCACUUGAAGCAUAGCCCACGAGCACGGCGAUAAGUUCGUUUGGUAAACAAACGGCUCUGCCCUAGCUUCUACUUCCUAGUUUAGUUGAUAUCUAGGUUCCAGUGUAGUAAGUCUUCCAAAUGUAUAAACACUUUUCUGGUGUGGUUGAACCUAUGAUUAUGAUCGGUUGGGCGAUCCGCCUAUAGCCAGCCUUGGUCCAGGGCGAGCAUUCACAAAGGUUUUUCUUCUAAAGGAAAGAGGGCUAAGAAGUUCCAGGUGAGCGAUCUACUCAUCUUCCUGCUAAAGGCAAUCUCUAUUACCGGAACGUUUUUUCUUAUUCUUUACCCAGGCAGGCCUAUCUCAGUUCCGUUAGUAGUUAAAGAAUAUAAGGUACCAUGAUGUAUUAUUAGUUGGAACCAAGCAUUAUAGAAAGUACUAGUUAUUACAAGCCUAGGUAGAGUGCUUUUAUCCAGCCAGGUGAAGCUCCACUCAACAGCUUCCAUCCGCUGGGCUCUUCUUUACAGUACAGGCCAUCAACAAGUAGAGGAAGGUCGAUUGGAUCAUGUCCGAAUCCCAUUGCAGAAGAGUGAAAAGCAGAUUUAUGUAUACAUACCAUAUGACUGAACAACUCUUUUGACUGCAGACCCGUAGGAGGAAGGUGGAGUUAGUUAGAUGAAUUGCACCCGACAUGGCUCGAUGCGUCGCAGCACGCCAUCCGUGGAAGAACACACAUGAAUAGAAUAGGCCUCCAUACUUGCCCAGCCCACAGCAAGCAUCAGUGGUGGUCACAAAACCUGCACAUUGUAAUUCGAUCAUAAUGUGAGUGCUUCCCCAGAGGCAGAAGCUGAGUCUACAAAAAGGUGGGAGCAUAAAAUGUAGGUGAGUCAAUUGCGUGUGGCCUUCAAGUAUUUCGUAUUGUAACAAUAUUCAAUCGGCAUCCAAACAAAGGUGCAUGUACGGUUCCUAAGGGAUACAAUUUUGUCCUAAUCAACCAAACAAGCAACGGAUUGAGCAACUAGCGCUAGGCGCAUCCGUUUUCUUGCUUCAUCGAGAAAGAUUAAAUAAGUUGAUAGCGCGAUCUCGUACUAACACAUACUCUCUAAAUAUUGAAGAACUUGCAUGCGGCCACAACCGCGGUAUGAGUUCUGAUCUCAGACUUUGUUUGGGGGCUGCUUGCCCCUUCGCGUCGACAAGGAAACUGUGGACGACAAUGGGUUUAGAAUUAGAAUAGAACGAGGACCCUAUCGAACAAAUAGAGGAAAGGGCAGAAAGGGGCAAAAGUAAAGUCUAAGCGACAUAUGGCACGAAAAGGAAAUCCAAUUUCGGUAAGACUUGAUCUGAAUCGUAGUUCAGAUCCAAGUCGGUUCAGUGAGGGCGACCGCGAAAGUCACCGAAUGGGUUCGGUCCGUCUUUUCCUGAUCUUUGUUUGUCCCCCCAAAGGCGUGAGAGGACGUUGCAGAUGUCCGGGACGGACACGACUUCUUCUAACGCUAGAAGACCACAGGAAGAAACCCGGGACCAGAGCAUGUCGUGAAAGACGCACACGGGGCGGGCGUGCUUCGACCGUGUCUCCGGGGCACAGUUGAAUGUAGAUAUCAUGAACGCGAGGAUAAGGAUACCAGGCCGAGAAACCCGGGCAAGUACUCUACUCCCCUAAUGUGCCGAUCGCUAGCGCAUCCAGGGCCCCGGCGCCCAGCUCCGCUGGAGAGGCCGUCACUGAUCUUAAAAGUGCGUCUGCGGUUCGGAUAGACUGAUUCUGCGAACGCCUAGCCCCAGGAAUCAAGAAAAAAACAAGUGCUAAGUUUCAUUUCAGAUCAGUGAAUAAACCGAAAAAAGAGACCUUUUUCGCUCGGCGCCGCACUAUGCUCCGCUUCAACAAAUGAGAGUUUUCGGUGGAACCGGUGAACCACGCGAGCUGGUUAGAUGCGUGGGGCAGAGGGCUCGUAGUACCUGAUAGCGCAGCUAUGCAGUGGAAGGGAAGGAGCCUAAAUCGACCCCCUUCUUUCUUUUUUA